AAUCAAAUCUUGGAGUGCUUCCACCUCGAAACCCUCCCAGCCGCACAUUUCGGGUUUCACAUAUCUUUUGGUGGCAUCCAACUCUUUCCCACAACCCACAAUAACGAAACUGACUAUCUAUCUACUAGCUAGCUAGCUAGACAAGAGCUAAACAAACCAACGAAACAUCACCAUGACAACUGAAGCAGCCGCAGCUGACGCUAAGGAUGGCAAAAAGAAGAAACGCGUGGUGGUGACUCCCCCGUGUCCCCCUGGCGUUUCGACAGGGUAUCUGUUGUUGCGGGGAGCCGUGGGCGCCGUGGUGGGUGUGUCCAUGUUGGAAACAUCGUGUUCCGUGAUGCAACCGACAUUUCUCAAGGAAAAGCCCGUCUUGUCGGGAAAAUUCAGUCUCUCGGUAGGCAAGAAAUUGGGCGUCGGCGAAUUGGAAUUGCCCGAAGACGAUGAAGCUCGUGAUGAAUUGUUGACUGGUAUCGAGAAAGAAGCCAAUCGUUGCAUUCAAAAUGGCGUUGCCUUUUCUGCCGUGACUACCACCAAGGAAGCCGCCGAGUCUUUGCUUGGUUCGACAGUCGCGACCAAACCUCCACUGGGUGUCUUUAAUCAGAUGCACAUGAAAACCAAACCAGAGGAUGCCGUGACCCUGGCUCAUGUCGACCAGUGGGUCUUGGCCAUUCCUCCUUCCUUGCCUUACGCAACAGCCGCGGCACUCGACAAGAUUGUCGUCGAACGGGGAAACCAAAAUAGUGAUAUUGCCUGUGGCAAAAAGUCACGCAAAGAUGCCCAAAUCACCAUUAAAUUUCACGUCACACUGAAACAACCGGAUGCUCCGGUUGUCGAAGCGAGCACUGACAAUACCAUUGCCGAAACUAGCACUCAAAUUCUCUGUCAAAACAAGGUACGAUCCCCGGAAGGACAACGACUCGUACAAGCAGCAGCAGCACAACAACAAAAAGCACAAGAAGCGGCAACCAAGGAAACAACUACACCAACCGAGGAGGAAACACCCAAAGACGAAGAAAUGGUGGUGAAUGCCUGGGAAGUCAAGGGAAAAAUCGAUUAUACCAAACUCGUCAAGGAAUUUGGAUCGCAACUCUUGACGGAAGAGCUUUUGCAAAAACUACAAGAUGUCGCCAAGGGACGUGUUCCGCGAUUGCAUCGAUUCUUACGACGCAACAUGUUCUUUUCUCAUCGCGACCUCCACACGCUCCUCGAUCAGAUGCAACAGCACGACGGAACCGUCUAUCUCUAUACCGGCAGAGGUCCUUCCAGUGACUCGAUGCAUUUGGGACACUUGAUUCCCUUUUUGUUUACGCGCUGGUUACAACAAGCAUUCGAUUGUCCCUUGGUCAUUCAAAUGACAGACGAUGAAAAGUUUCUCUUCAAGGGCGUCUACGACGAACAAGACGGAGACAAUCUGAAUCAUUUUGCCAAUCUCACGAUUGAAAAUGCCCGUGAUAUUAUUGCCUGUGGAUUCGAUUACGACAAGACAUUUUUAUUUUCCGAUUUGGACUAUGUCGGACGCAUGUAUCCCAAUAUUGUGCGCAUUUGGAAGGCGGUGACGACCAAUACGGUCAAUGGGAUUUUUGGUUUUGAUGGAUCCAGUAACAUUGGCAAAAUUGCCUUUCCGGCCAUUCAAGCGGCACCCAGUUUUGCAUCGUCGUUUCCGACCGUUCUACAAGCCGACCAUACGUCGAAACGCAUGUGUUUGAUUCCGUGUGCCAUUGAUCAAGAUCCUUACUUUCGCAUGACCCGCGAUGUGGCGCACAAACUGGUGGCCAAACCCAAAUCCAACGAAAAACCGCAUGGGUUGAAUGGCAAACCGGCAUUGAUUCAUUCCAAAUUCUUUCCUCCACUGCAGGGUGCCACUGGCAAGAUGAGUUCGUCCGAUACCAAUUCGGCCAUUUUCUUGACGGAUACACCGGAAGAGAUUGAACGCAAAAUCAAGGAACAUGCGUUUUCGGGGGGACGAGAAACGAAAAAGGAACAGGAAGAGCUCGGUGCCAAUUUGGAAAUCGAUGUCAGUUAUCAGUGGUUGCGAUUCUUUUUGGAAGACGAUGAAUUACUCGACAAGAUUGGGAAGGAUUAUGGAAGUGGAUCGGGUGAGUACUGGAGUACCAACAAGGUCAAGGCCAAGUUGAUUGAAGUACUGCAGGAACUGGUGGCGGAACAUCAACAACGGCGUGCCAAGAUUACCGAUGAGGAAGUACGAAAAUGGAUGACGGAACGAAGUCUGGUGGGAUGAAUGGAUAGGAUACGAAAGAACGGAGCGACACGGUGCGGCAGCUAAGAUAGGAAGAUGUACAUGUAGUCAAAGCAGUAAGGAAAUUAAAAUGUAUGGAUAGUCGUGAUCAGCUAUAGAAUUACCGCCGUG